AUGCCCGAUCCAACCCCCACGCCCUUCACGGCCAUCCCCAUCCUCCCCCUCUCCCACGCCCUCAACCCUGCCACCAAGCCCGCCUUCCUCGCGGACCUGCGCGACGCCCUGCUCAACGUCGGCUUUCUCUACUUGAGCGAGACGGGCUUGCCAAAGGGGCUGGUCGACGACGUGGUGAGGGAGUGCAGGCGGUUCUUUGAGGAGCUGGAGAUCGGGGAGAAGGAGGCGAUUGAAAUGAAGAACGAGAAGAGUUUUCUGGGCUGGAGUAGGCUCGACAACGAGACCACCGCCCUCAACACCGACCACCGCGAGCAACUCGACCUGUCGACUCCGCAACCGCUGCCGGGUCCAGACGCUCCAUUGUACCACAACUUGCUCGCCCCGAACCAGUGGCCGUCAUCUGCGCAUCUUCCUGCAUUCCGCUCCGUGUACGAGGAAUACAUGAGUCGCAUGGGCAACAUCUCCAUGCUCUUCACCAGCCUGAUCGCCGAGGCCAUUGGGCUCCACCCCAACGCUUUCGACAGGUUCUUUGACAAGGACCAACAGCACAAGCUGAAGAUCGUCAAGUACCCUGAAGUCGACGUGCCUGAUCUGUCCGACGGAGCCAGCGAGAUUGACAGGAAGAAGUGGGAGAUCAAGCGGCAGGGCGUCGGCCCACACAAAGACAGCAUGCUGACUUCGUAUCUGUUGCAGGCGAGCGAUCAGGCAGGGCUGCAGGCGCAGAACGCUCGCGGGGAAUGGGUGGACUGCAAGCCGAUUGCUGGGACGCUGGUUGUAGCCAUUGGACAGGGCAUGGAGGCGUUGACGGAUGGCGUCUGUGCGUCCACCACGCACCGCGUGCUGAGCCCACGGAAGGGUCAAGGAGCGAGAUACUCGGUUCCAUUCUUCCAGGGUGUGAGCUACGACGCCCAAUUCGAAGCCAUGGAUGUACCCGAGGAGGUGUUAAAGUUGAGAGACGAGGCUCGGAAAGCACGGAAGGAUGAUGUAGAGUUUACAUUUGUCAAGGGCCGCUGGGGACAUCUGGGUGAAGCGACGCUGAUGAACCGGAUCAAGUCGCAUCCGGAUGUCGGCGAGCGCUGGUAUCCUAAAUUGCUGGCGCAGAUCAGGGCGCAGCAGGCGGCGGCCUCGUGAUUUCCAUACCUGAUCGCCGACCAUAGUGAAAAUCAAUAAGCAAUAGACUUUUGAUCGCACCUCGGUAGCAUCCCGAACAAUUCGGUAAUAGCUCGAGAGAAUGUGAUGACCAUCAAGAUGAGGCGACAUAC